CAAAGAGGUGUUCUGCUUCAUUGUUACUUUGGAGCCUAAUGUACUUGGUAUCAGUUUGAUUGGAUGUCUUCUCUCAAAUCUCCAAAACAGAAUAAGACACAAGGAACGAUUCUUCCUGCUCCAAAUUUUAACCCUAUAAUGGAUGCCCAGUUGCUAGGAGGAGCCCUACAGGGAAUUAGUUGUGAAAAAGAUGUGUUGAUUGAUAUCCUAACUCAGCGUUGCAACUCACAGCGGCUCAUGAUUGCUGAGGCAUACAGAGACAUGUACAGCAGGGAUCUAAUAACAGACCUAAAAGAGAAUCUCUCUCAUCACUUCAAAGAAGUUAUGGUUGGCUUGAUGUAUCCACCUGCCUCCUAUGAUGCCCACGAGCUUUGGCAUGCCUUGAAGGGAGUAGACAUAGAAGAAAAAUGUCUAAUUGACAUAUUAGCCUCAAGAUCAAAUAUGGAGAUCUUCCAGAUGAAAGAAGCCUACCUAAUGCAAUAUAAUACUGAUCUUCAACAAGAUAUUGAUUCUGAGACAUCAGGUCACUUCAGAGAUACACUCAUGAACCUUGCUCAGGGAACAAGGAUGGAAGGAUAUGCUGACCCUUCUACAGCUGCUCAGGAUGCAAUGAUUCUAUGGGAAGCAUGUCAGCAGAAGACAGGCGAACACAAAAACAUGCUGCAAAUGAUUCUCUGCAACAGGAGUCACCAGCAGUUGUGGAUGGUUUUUCAGGAGUUCCAAAAUAUCUCUGGGCAAGAUAUAGUAGAUGCCAUUAAUGAAUGUUACGAUGGAUACUUUCAAGAAUUACUGGUUGCAAUAGUUCUCUGCAUUCGUGACAAGCCUUCCUACUUUGCUUACAGGCUUUAUAAUGCAAUUCAUGACUUUGGGUUUCACAAUAAAACAGUUAUUAGGAUUCUCAUAGCCAGGAGUGAGAUUGACUUGAUGAACAUACGACAGCGAUACAAAGAGAGAUACGGGAAAUCACUCUUCCAUGACAUUAAACUCGUAUACUCAAUGGCAUUUCCCCUAUUCUGUUUGAAACAAAAGUAAAAAUUAGAAUCAAGUACUCCAUCCAGUCCAGUGCCAUGUGCUGGAAAACCUGGAAGGUGAAGCACUACUUAGCUUUAAGCAAUGUUCCAGUGGAUUAAACUCUGAAUUCCUUUUUUACCUAUCUCAUUUUAACCAUUAAUUGAAUACUGACCUCCGGAGCAUGGAGGUAUACCCAGGAUGCCCUAGGUGAUUAAAUUCAAGAACUGACUGCUAUUGGGUAACAUUGCACCUCUGAGAGAGGCUGAAGGAGGCGGCGCUCCCGGGAAUACCCGUGAACGAUCUGAGACAGCAUCUGGUCACAGCAGCACCCACGGCAGCGAGGAAAGGCAGCAGAGCCCGACCCCGAGUCCCCGCCCCAAAGGAAAACGUGACGCUGCUUUUAAGUACCCCGGGUCUAUUCAGGGCAGCCUGUCCGUGUAUACCACCUGUCAGCCUCUUACGGAAAUAGAAGUGAGGGGAAGUGUGGUAAUGUUCACUCAAGUAUCUGCUUUUCUCCCGCCGCUGCAAGGUGUCCAACUGGACACAGACCUUCUGCAUGUUUUUAGAGAGGCACUUUCUGCAGGUGCAGUCCGUGUGACUGAACAAAGCACUGCUACAGAAAGGUACAAAUACGUGGUUGCUUUUGUGCACCUGUCGCUUCCCUCAGCCUCUGGAUAUAACACUAAUUACAGCCUAUCUGAUUUCUUUGCAAAUACUGAUAUGCUGUUACAAAUAUAUUGAUUUAUAAUAAACUUAAAAUUUCU